AUGUCUUACACUCUACUCAAAGAAGAGGAGGAGGCGGGCAUCACCGUCACGCAAGAUACGAGAUCCCUGCCUACGUAUACAACGAAAACCAGCAGAACUAGAGCACUGUCAAAAAUUGUCGCUCUCAUUCUUUUAGUCGUGGCUGCCUCCUUUCUCGGUGGCCUCUUUGCCCUGCUGGGAUACCGUGUGCCCACAUUCGCUAUUCCUUCAUCAUCAUCAUCAUCAUCAUCUUCUUCUUCUCCGACCUCCCCCUUCUUUCCAAAAUCAACACCACACAAAAUCACCGAACUACAAUGUGGCACCUCCCCGGCUGAGGCCCGAUCUCUCGGCUGUGUACUAGACCUCCUAGCCAUGAGCUGGGUACGUCCCGCCUGCUACGACAAGGAGUUGACUGAGGAGUUCCUCGCUGUGAGGAAUUGGACCUGGACUACAGACCCAUGGGGCAAGCAUCAUCUCUCUAAGUCUGAGGUGCUUAACGGUGACUGGGAAUACGUCUACGUCGACCAUUGGUACCAUGUGACACAUUGUGCCUUCAUGUGGCGGCGUAUGGCGCGGGCAGUUCACGCCGGAAACCUGGGUGUGUUGGAUAGUUAUACGGCGGCCUAUGACCACAUUGAACAUUGUGGUGAUCGGCUGGUGGCUAACACGGGCGAGGAGGUGGUUGGUGUACCGGCCAUCCUCAAGUAUCCAUCUUGUGGACCGGGGAGUCUGGGUCAGGAGCCCCCGGCGUAUUGGAUCUAUGAGGGGGAGGUGCAGUAUAAUACGAAGAAGCAGGAAGGACUUUAUGCUGAUCAGAUGAAAAUGGAGGAGUAG